GGUCCGUGGAGCAGCACGUCACCUGCCUACAAAUGAACAUCGCCGCACGGCCAAACUCGCGUCGCCACUCUCGGAGGCGUUGCGCAUCGCCGCGGCGCUUCCGCUCCACUUCGGACCCUCCUCGCCUCGCCGGGGGGCGACAGCGGAGGCUGCGCACGGCGCGGCGAACGACCCACACUGCGGCGAGGUGAUCGGAUCCCGCGGAGACAUCUGCGAUGCACCGGAGGAUGUCUGCUUGAUCUUUUUUUUUUUUUUUUUUUUUUUUUGGCGUAUAAUCGUUGCAUAAACUCGCCCGCGCCGUGAGACUCCAUCAGCGGCCAUAAAAAAAGGCACUUUAUGGGUCCCAGACACUCGGACCCACGCAGGCUGCAGUGAAUCAAGCCUGGAGCCUCGCUGGAGCACCCGGGGGUGCGUAGACGAAUGCUUCGGGCAUGGUGCCCACGCCCCAGGUGUGCGUCUCCACCCUGGUCACGGUGAGCACCAUGGCGGUGGUGGACCUCUACCUGCUGGAGCAGAGCAUGCUGGGGUCCCGAGGGGUGCCCGGUCCCAGCGUGUGGCAGUGCGUGGCCGUGCUGCUGGGUGACCUGGGCUUCCUGCUGGCGCUGCGCUUCGUGUCGGCCGGGGUGGUGUCCGAGGCGCGCUCGCCGCAGCGGGGCUUUGCCAACGCUCUCUGGUUCCUCUUCCUAUCCCUGCUCCAACUCAAGCUCUUCUUCGUGUGCCACAACUACAGGCAGGAGCGCCGGCCGCCCGACCCGCUGGCCAGGAAGGUCCUGACGCUCCUGCUGUCCAUAUGCCUGCCCUCCCUGUUCCUCAUUCUCACUGGGGCCGACUACAUGACCCCCCAGCGGAGGAAGCAGGAGGUGCGGGGGCGGCUCCUGUGGGUAGUGGUGGACCUCCUGGAUGUGCUAGAUCUGCAAGCCGGCCUGUGGGAGGCCCAAGGAGGGGCUAUAGAGCAAAAGCUGCCAAUCUGGGCGGAGGGGUUGGUCUUUUUUUACUGCUACGCUCUCCUGUUGCUGCUACCGUGCGUGGCCCUCACAGAACUGGGGGCUACGGGGCUUCCAGGACAGAGGGGGCCACGGAAGGAGGCCUUGUACCCUUGGCUGAGCCUGGUCACCAUCAACAUCUUCACCCUGGGCCUGAGGGGAGCGGGCAUGCUGUGGUACAGGGAUUCCCGGGUCUCCACCGUGUUCCUGGGCAAGAACCUCCUAGCGCUGGCCGUGAAGCUGAGCUCAGCCUGGGAGAGACACAAGCAGGGGCGCGGUCCCGGCGGCGGUGGGGAAGAAGCCGGAGCCCGACCCGCCGAGUCGACGCUGCCGAGCCAGAGCUCGGAGCAGGGAGAGGGUCAGUCCCAAGGGAAAGCCGCCUCCUCCCACUAUCACACACUGUCUCGCCCUCCGAGCCACACUCUCUCCCAAGUCAGCCCAGGGCACACGGAGACGCCAUCUUUCAUCUCCCAUGAACUCUAGACUCCCGCGUCAGUACGAGCAUCUAUGCACACCCAACGCAGAAAAACCCACAAUGCUGUGAAACGUAUGCACUUUUUGGUUUGCGCCAGGAACAAAUUGGGUCACUGCGUUUGUCGGUGCGCGUUGACUCGGAUCGGAACACUUUGGAUUUUCCCAAGAACGUGCGUCUAAAUGUCUUACGGUGUUCCAAGCUCUGCAUAUGUGGUUCCGUCUGUCAGUUUGUAAACUUUUAAUUCCUUUUCAACACUUAUCUGAUAGCAAUCUGGGGGAAGUAAUUGUGUAGGGAUGGGGAAGACCGCUGCAAUUAAAUUAUUUGUCCAUUUAAAAAAAAAUUAAACACACACAUUCCAUCAUCCUUCUUGGCUGAGAAAACUGUGAAACUGUUUUUUGCUAAUCACUUUGUAUUAAAAUUGCAACAAAAAAAAAACACUCU